GCCAGUGACUCAUAAAAAUGGCAAGGCAAUUGCAAGACUUUGUGAAAAACUUAUUUAACUACGAAGUUAAGGAAGAGAUUCAAGAACCAUCAAAAGAUGACGAAAUUGAGAAAGAAUUUCAAGAAAUGAAGAGAAAUUUCAAGCAAUUUAUAGCACCUCUUCCAAAAAUCGUUAGGGACAUUGAUCGUAAUGUAUUUUAUAAUGUUAUGAAUGCUCAAAGGACAAAGGAGAGGCUUGUCCAUAUGGCACGAGACGCGAGACCAAUUAUAGCUAAAGAAACUUGGGAUUUGCUUGAUGAUUACAUGGAUUUUCUGAAAAAUCUUCCAGGAAUUGAGGGAGAAAAUUACAGCGCUGUCUAUAAAAAUUUAAAUAGAUAUGACUUUGUCAAAAGAUUGCUGUUUAAACGUCCGUUGGUAUUUUGUGGAAGAAUGGACUAUUACAUUUUGAGGCAUGAUGGGAAGAAAAUAAAAGAAGGUGACAAUGGCUUUUACAAUGUCGCUGAAUGUCUUAAUAAGCCACAAGAUUCUGGACCUUAUUUAACUGAAUACAUAUCUUAUGACGAAAAUCUGAUGUCAUCCUUAAUAGGGAUGUCAACUCCAACAUUUUACUUUUCAAUUGGAUCUGGAAGAUUUGCUUUAAAUGCUGAUCAGCCUCACAUUGAUGAAGGUAUUUUAUGUGGAUUAGUUGGAGCUCGGCAUGGAAAAUUAAACUUUAUGGAACACCGAUUCACAUUUCCUCGAAUAAAGGAUUCAACCAUUGCCUGUCAUAAAUCGGACAAGUUUUGGAUCGAAAAAGUUUAUUCUGAUGCUUUUCCUGAGAAAUUUGUUCCAACUAUUGAGGACAUUCAAGCUCGACCAGAAAUAUACGAUUCCAUAUAUGUAGAGGGAAUCAAUGAAGUAUAUUUAGAAAAGCGCUUGACUCUUUCCACAUUGCCUUUCAUCCAAGAAGCUAUGAUGCGAGGAACUGAAAAGAAUAAAGGAGUAUUUUGUAGUGUGCCUGCGAUCGGUGGAGGAUGUUGGGCUAUUGGACUAAAAAGGGAGACAGUUCAUCGAUUGAUUGUUAAAGGAAUAUUGAAGUUUCUAGAUUCAUUUGAUGACUUUAAGAGCCUGAAAUAUUUAAAAGCAUUAGUUUUGCCUGAACUUGAUGUUCAAUUUUAUAAAUCAUUCAAAACUAAAGGAACUAUCACAGAGAUCAGGACUAAUAAUAAUGAAAUUGUUCUUCACUUUAAAGAAGCAACUCAUGAUAUUAAAGUCAUCAAUAAGCUUCGAUAUGUAGCAGAGCUGUUACCAGAAGAAUUUAAAGAUUGUAUCUCAAUCGCUGGAUUUGCAUGGGAUGGAAACAGUUAUCCAGGAAAUGAAUAUUGGAGUGGAAAUUUCGGAUCAUUUGAUCCUAAAGCAGUCUAUUGUUCCUUACUUGGUCAGUUUCAAAAUCCAGAAGUUAAUGUGAAUAUGGCAGAUCAUGAAAGAAUCCGAAUUUAUUAGAUGGGCCUCGACGAUUUUUUUAGGAUUAUUGCUCAAC